AUGCAGGGCAGGCUUCCUUCGAUGCAACCCACCGUGGUCCUCCUGAGGGAGGGCACCGACACUUCGCAGGGCAUUGGACAGCUGCUGUCGAACAUUUCGGCCUGUCUCGCCGUCGCGCAGACCAUUGCGACCACGCUUGGUCCCCGCGGCAUGGACAAGCUCAUUGUCGACGAGCGCGGCCAGGCAACCAUCUCUAACGACGGUGCUACCCUGCUCAAGCUCCUCGACAUUGUUCACCCUGCCGCCCGCACUCUGGUGGACAUUGCCCGCGCGCAGGACGCCGAGGUCGGUGACGGCACCACCUCUGUGGUCCUUCUCGCUGCCGAGAUCCUCAAGGAGGUCAGGCCAUUCAUCGAGGAGGGCGUCGGAGUUCACGUCAUCAUCAAGGGUCUCCGCGAGGCGGCGACUCUUGCCAUUAAGAAGAUUAACGAGAUUGCCAUCACCGUCGACAAGUCGGACCCUGUCAAGUUCCGCGAGCUGCUGAUGCUCUGUGCUUCGACGUCCAUGUCGUCCAAGCUCAUCUACUCGCAGAUGCCGUUCUUCUCGAACAUGGUCGUUGACGCUGUCAUGUCGCUUGACCAGAACGACCUGGACGAGUCGCUUAUCGGUGUCAAGAAGGUUCCCGGCGGUGGUAUGCAGGAGUCGCUCCUUGUGAAGGGUGUCGCGUUCAAGAAGACCUUCUCGUACGCCGGCUUUGAGCAGCAGCCCAAGUCGUUCAAGGACCCCAAGAUCCUGUGUCUCAACGUCGAGCUCGAGCUCAAGGCCGAGAAGGACAACGCCGAGAUCCGUGUCAACGAGGUGUCCGAGUACCAGGCGAUUGUCGACGCCGAGUGGACCAUCAUCUACCGCAAGCUCGAGGCGAUUGUCGCCACUGGCGCCAAGGUUGUGCUCUCCAAGCUCCCCAUUGGUGACCUUGCCACCCAGUACUUUGCCGACCGCGACAUCUUCUGUGCCGGCCGUGUUGCCGGUGACGACCUGAAGCGUGUUGUCCAGGCCGUCGGCGGCUCGGUCCAGUCGACCGUGUCGGACAUUGAGCCCCACCACCUCGGCCAGUGCGGCAAGUUUGAGGAGCGCCAGAUUGGUGGCGACCGCUUCAACGUGUUUGAGGACUGCCCCAAGGCCCAGACCUGCACCCUCAUCCUCCGUGGUGGUGCCGAGCAGUUCAUUGCCGAGGUCGAGCGUUCGCUGCAUGACUCGAUCAUGGUCGUCAAGCGCGCGAUCAAGAACAACUCGGUCGUUGCCGGUGGUGGUGCCGCCGAGAUGGAGACUUCCAAGUUCCUCCGUGCCCACUCGCGCACCAUCAUGGGCAAGCAGCAGCUCAUCGUCGGUGCCGUCGCCAAGGCCCUCGAGGUCAUCCCCCGCCAGAUCUGUGACAACGCCGGUCUCGACGCUACCGACAUUCUCAACAAGCUUCGUAUGCGCCACGCCCAGGGCGACACUUGGGCCGGUGUUGACGUCGACGACGAGGGCGUCGCCGACAACAUGGCUCGUUUCGUUUGGGAGCCCGCUCUUGUCAAGACCAACGCGCUGUCGUCGGCCAUCGAGGCCGCCUGCCUCAUCCUCAGUGUCGACGAGACCGUCCGCAACCCCCAGUCCGAGGCGCAGCAGGCUGGCCCGCCCGCGCCCCGCGGAACGGCGCAGCGCGCCAUGCGCGGCCGUCCCGGCAGGCGGUAG